UAAAAUACCAAAAGAAACAUUUUUAAGUGUACAGCUGAAGUCUUCCUGGACAUUUCCUCUUCCAGAUGGCAACAUAGGGUAGUCCCGACUCAGGGCAGUCCCAACACAAGGCAGUCCUGAUUCUCACUUCUCCUUGGAGAAGUCUCAAGUGUAGGCCACUCUGUUGUGCCCAUCAACAGCCACUUCCUGGGGUCCUUCUCUUUUCCUCUUUCUCCAGAGUGUACUGGGCCUGGGUGGAAAGUCAGACCUCUGCGUAGUCUGCAAGGGCUCAUUUGUUUAACCAGCAAUGAAAUUCCAGCGACUUACAAUAACGGUGGCACUGAGUCUCUCCAUAAGCCCCUGCAUAAUACGAAGAGUUGAUUUUAUAAUUGUCUUAAUUGAUCCAGAAAAAUCACAAGAUCUCUCACACAGCCUCCCUUCUGGAGUUUUCUCCAUGUGGCCUAUAAAGAAUAAAAAACUGUUAAGUUUAUUAACUACCCUGAAGAAACAUCAUCUUCUAAUUACAGCCAUUGAAAUAUUUGGUCCCUGCUAUAACGCAGCAGCCCUGACAUUUUAAAAUAUUUUGGUUAUUGAAAUGAGGGGCAAAGAUUUUUAUGAGCCAGCUUAAAACCUCUGAUUUUUCAAGAUACAACAUUCUAGGAGAAAUGCAGUUAAAGAUUAUCUUUAUUAAUUAGGAGUUGAGUUAAUUCUUCUCAUGGACAAGGAAAUGCUGAGAAGUAAACCUUUCUCAAAUUCUUAUUCACAUGAUAAAGGGAUUGAAUAGCUAGGUGAUCAUUGUUAAUUUCUGUGAAACCCUAUAAGAUCCUGAAAAUAAUAUCUUGGAUUUUCACAGGAGAGGCCUUUGAUACAAUACCAUUAGGAACACUUUCGUUGCUUUCAUUACUUUUCUUACAAGCUUUUUCCCUGCUUCUGUAGUGUGGUAGAAAGCACAGAGCCUGGAGUCAAGAGUCCUGGAUUUGAAUUCUAGCACUAUCAGGCCCUACUGUUUAGACAAAUUGCUUAUUCUCUGCUAUCCUCAGUUUCUUCAUCUGGAAAAUGGGACUAUUCGUCAUUACCUCAUUUUUUGUUAGAAUAGAUUAAGAUAAUGUGAAAAUACCCAGUUUCUGUGCCUGGCAUAUGAUAAGUACUCAAUAGGUGUUAUUUUAAGAUAAAUCUGGUUAACUUUAUUAUUCGAAAAUUAGUUUUUUCUUAUAAAAUAAAGGCUCUCAUGCUGUGUUUCUUUCACCGUUCUGCUUGAUGUCCAGCCUAUAAUUUCGAGUCCAGGGAGAUUCAAGUGUUUUGAUGACAUGCGCUGUCUAAACCAAUCCCGGCCUUUGUAGUAGUAGUUAUUGUUUUUAAAAGGGAAAUGGAAGGCAUUAAUCAUUUUGUUUUGUACCCCACAGUCUAAUCCUCAAGUCAUUUAAAUAUAAUGUUUAAAUAUAUAAUUUUAUGUAAGGAAGGAUUUUUGUGCUCUAAGUGGGAGUUCCGUCCAGGCAGAAUUACUGAGUGUGAGAAUUCUGCCGGCAUUCUGAUUCCAGUCACCCGGUGCUGAUCAUGUGACGAUAAUGUUGUUAAGGCACUUGUGACAUCCUCACCCUAUAUUCACAGCAUAAACCCUCAUCUUUUUCUCCAGAUGGGUUAUGUGUUAUUUCAGUCAUUUGAAAAUGUGAUUUCAAGCUUAGGGAUUCUCAGAAAGGGUAAUAGGUGUCAGUAUUUACACGGAACUGACAAGCUUAUACAUUCUAAAUCAUUUUCUUUGGAGUGCUAAGGAAGCAAUCAUUUAUAGAUUCUGAUCCCAUUGUCUUCAAAAUCUGAAAAGAUUCUUUCACAUUCUCAGUAAUGCCGUUGCCUUGCCUCAUGGCUCCUGCCCUGGAGCCCUUGCAGCCUAUAUCUGGCAGUGCUAAUUUGUGAUGUGGUAUAUACUUCCCUGUUCUGUCUGUGAAACCCCUAAGGACAGGGUGGCUGGAGGCUCAGACUGGUCUGGGCCCAGCCCCUCCCCUGCACAGAGCCUUGGCUCAGUGGUGUUUAGGAAUAUCCCUGCAGAACCGAGGACUAUUCUAGGGCCAGGUCACACAGCAGUGAACAAAACUCCCUGCCCUCAUGGGACUUCUGUUCAAGUGGAGAGAGGUAGGCAGUGAAUAGAAUAAAUAGGUAAAGUACAGUGUAGUAUGCACGAGGGCAAUAGUGCCGUGCACUAACAUAGAGCCGGGGAAGGGGCUGGGAAGGUGAGGCUUUGCAGCUUUAAAUAGAGUGACAGGGAAGGCCAUACCGAGAAGGUGACAGUUGCAUCAAGACUGCAAAGAAGGGGAGGAACAAGUCCCGCAGGGGAGCAUCUUGCCUCAUUUGAGAAACAUCAAGGAGUGGCGUGAGGGAGGGAGAGAGUAGAGGAGCUGGGGUGGGUUAGGAGGGAGUCAGAGCAAUGGGGUGGUUCAGGUCCAAGGUCCAGGCGAGGGGAGACGGGCACCUCGACUGAGCAGCCAGCAGUGGAACAGAAGGGAAAAAGGUUAACCUGGCAGGGCUGAACUGGAUUUGGUCUGAUGAAGAAGGUGGUGGCCAUCUCUAGCAGGAUACGGAGUCCUGGAAGGGACACCAGCUUGGAAAAGAACGUGGCCUGUUCCAGUGUGCACACGUGGGGCUGAGGAGCCUGAGGGGACUUGGGCAGAGGUGGGCAGCAGGCAGCUGGGCAUUGCCAUAGGAGUCUUGGUUCGAGAACACAGCAAGCUGUCAAAUUUGGAGAAAUUCUACUUUGCUUUUCCUGGAGAAAUUCUAAUGAGGAUGCUGAAACUCAUCAUUUUGCCAUUAAUUAUAUCCAGCAUGAUUACAGGUGUCGCUGCGCUGGAUUCCAACGUAUCUGGAAAAAUUGGUCUGCGUGCCGUCAUGUAUUAUUUCUGUACCACUGUCAUCGCUGUAAUUCUAGGUAUUGUGAUGGUGAUAAGUAUCAAGCCUGGUGUCACCCAGAAGGUGACUGAAAUCGACAGGACUGGCAACACCCCUGAAGUCAGCACAGUGGAUGCCAUGUUAGACCUCAUCAGGAAUAUGUUUCCUGAGAACCUCGUCCAAGCCUGUUUUCAGCAGUACAAAACCAAGCGUGAAGAAGUGAAUCCUUCCAGUGAUCCAGAGGUAAACACGACAGAGGAGGGCUUCACAGCCAUCAUGACAACUGCUAUUUCCAAGAACAAAACAAAGGACUACAAAAUUGUAGGCAUGUAUUCAGAUGGCAUAAAUGUCCUGGGCUUAAUUGUCUUUUGCCUUGUCUUUGGACUUGUCAUUGGAAAAAUGGGAGAAAAGGGACAGAUUCUGGUGGAUUUCUUCAAUGCUUUGAGUGAUGCUACCAUGAAAAUCGUUCAGAUCAUUAUGUGUUACAUGCCUCUCGGUAUUUUGUUCCUGAUUGCCGGGAAGAUCAUAGAAGUUGAAGACUGGGAAAUAUUCCGCAAGCUGGGCCUUUACAUGGCCACAGUCCUGAGUGGGCUUGCAAUCCACUCCAUUGUGAUUCUCCCGCUGAUAUAUUUCAUAGUCGUAAGGAAGAACCCCUUCCAAUUUGCCAUGGGAAUGGCCCAGGCUCUCCUGACGGCUCUCAUGAUCUCUUCCAGUUCAGCAACGCUGCCUGUCACCUUCCGCUGUGCUGAAGAAAACAACCGUGUGGACAAGAGGAUCACCAGAUUUGUGUUACCGGUCGGUGCCACGAUCAACAUGGAUGGGACUGCGCUCUACGAGGCUGUGGCAGCUGUGUUCAUCGCACAGCUGAAUGACCUGGAGUUGGACAUUGGGCAGAUCAUCACCAUCAGUGUCACAGCCACAGCUGCCAGCAUUGGAGCUGCUGGUGUGCCCCAGGCCGGCCUGGUGACCAUGGUGAUCGUGCUAAGUGCCGUGGGCCUGCCCGCUGAGGAUGUCACCCUGAUCAUCGCUGUCGACUGGCUCCUGGACCGGUUCAGGACCAUGGUCAACGUCCUUGGUGAUGCUUUUGGGACAGGCAUCGUGGAAAAGCUCUCUAAGAAGGAGCUGGAGCAGAUGGAUGUUUCAUCUGAAGUCAACAUCGUGAACCCAUUUGCCUUGGAAUCGACAGUCCUCGAUAGCGAAGACUCAGACACCAAGAAGUCCUACGUCAAUGGAGGUUUUGCUGUAGACAAGUCUGACACCAUCUCGUUCACCCAGACCUCACAGUUCUAGAACCCGUGGCUUCAGAUGACCGGGAAUGAUGAAGGACAUCCCCAUGAGAGUCAUCUCAUAGAGAAUUCAAACAUUAAUUAAGGAAAAGAAAAACACUAAUGUCCAAUUGUACAUUUGAUUUGAUAGAUCUCCAGAUUAUUUUCUAUAUUUGGAUUCACAGCCUUUGCUCUCCAGUUUUUGGGAUUUGAGGGUGGGAUACGAUGAAAAG